AUUUUUUUUCCCCCCUCUUUCAGGCUUGCGCUCGACCGUUAAUAUCCGUCUACUCUGAGAAGGGAGAAGCAUCAGGCAAAAAUGUCACCUUGCCUGCUGUGUUCAAGGCUCCCAUUCGCCCUGACGUUGUGAACUUCGUUCACACCAAUUUGCGCAAGAACAACAGGCAGCCCUAUGCUGUCAGUGAACUUGCAGGUCAUCAGACCAGUGCCGAAUCUUGGGGUACUGGGAGAGCUGUUGCUCGUAUUCCUCGAGUACGAGGUGGCGGAACUCACCGCUCUGGCCAGGGUGCCUUUGGAAAUAUGUGUCGUGGAGGCCGCAUGUUUGCCCCAACCAAGACUUGGCGGCGCUGGCACCGUAGAGUGAAUACGACUCAGAAGCGUUACGCCAUCUGUUCCGCUCUGGCAGCGUCUGCUCUUCCAGCGCUGGUCAUGUCCAAAGGCCACCGCAUCGAGGAGAUUCCAGAACUUCCUCUGGUUGUUGAGGACAAAGUUGAGAGUUACAAGAAAACCAAGGAAGCUGUUCUCCUUCUGAAGAAGCUUAAAGCUUGGAAUGACAUCAAAAAGGUUUAUGCCUCCCAGCGUAUGCGGGCCGGAAAGGGUAAAAUGAGGAAUCGCCGUCGCAUCCAGCGCAGGGGACCCUGCAUCAUCUACAACGAGGACAAUGGUAUCAUUAGAGCUUUCCGGAAUAUCCCAGGAAUUACUCUUCUUGAUGUGAACAAGCUGAACCUGCUCCGACUCGCUCCCGGUGGCCACGUUGGGCGUUUCUGCAUUUGGACGGAAAGCGCCUUCCGCAAGCUGGAUGAUCUGUAUGGCACCUGGCGCAAAGCUGCCACGCUGAAGAGCGACUACAACCUGCCGAUGCAUAAGAUGACCAAUACGGACAUUGGAAGAAUCAUGAGAAGCCAGGAAAUCCAGAAGGCGCUGCGUGCUCCGAAGAAGAAGAUUCGCCGUAGAGUCCUGAAGAAGAAUCCUCUGAAGAAUCUGAGAAUCAUGAUCAAGUUGAACCCGUACGCCAAAACGAUGCGACGCAACACCAUUCUGCGCCACGCACAAAACCACAAACUCAAGGAAGAGAAGAAGGCCAAGGCCAAGCUCGCGGCCAAGGUCCCGGCUGAGCCCAAGGCAGAGACCGCAGCCAAGACCCCUGCCAAGGCCAAGGCUGAAGCAUAA